AUGGUUCUUGGGCCAUCAUCAAUGGCUUUUCUAGUUGUUCUUGUAAUUUUGCUCAUUAGUUGGAGUAACAAAGUGUCUGGCUAUGGAGAAAAGGAGCUUCUUUCAUUCAAGAAAUCUCAGCACACAGUUGCAAACUACAGAGAUGGCCGAAGUUGCUUCUAUCGAAAUUCGAGAACACAAAAUGGUGCAACCAUACUAGAAAUGAAACAGAGAGACUCCUGCACCAGCCCGAAACCCAGCCCGGCCCGAAACCACCAAGAACUCCUAACAAUAGACGACAGCCGAGUCAAAUCCAUCCAAUCCCGAAUAAAAAACACACUCACGGCCCAAAUCCCCAUAAACCCUGGCCUCAACCUCCAAACACUAAACUACAUCAUCACCAUCACACUCGGCGGCCGCACCUCCACCGUCAUACUCGACACCGGAUCUGACCUCACGUGGCUCCAGUGCCACCCGUGCCGCCUCUGCCACCCUCAGCCGGAGCCCCUUUACGACCCCUCCAAAUCCCCAACCUACGAACCCGUCGCCUGCAGUUCCCAACCCUGCAGUUCCCUACUUUCUGCCAUUGGCAACUCGGGAGUCUGCCCGAAAAACGGGGGACCAACGUGCAAUUACGCAGUUACCUACGGAGACGGGUCGUACUCACGCGGAGACCUCGCUAAGGACGAUUUGGUCCUCGGGAGUAAUAAAUUCCCUGGCUUUGUUUUCGGGUGCGGGCGUGAGAAUAAUGGCCUGUUUGGCUCGGCAUCUGGAUUGAUCGGGCUCGGGAGGAGUGAGUUGUCGCUCGUCUCCCAAACGUCUCAGGUGUGUUUGGCCAUUGCCAGCCUGGCAUAUGAGAAUGAGGUUGGGAUCAUUGGGAAUUAUCAGCAGAGGAAUGUGAGGGUGGUGUAUGAUACUAAGGAGAUGAAACUGGGAUUUGCUAAGGAGACUUGCAUUUUUAAUUAA